GAGCAGAGGGUACGUAGAGCCCAGAAGAAUCUAUUCCAUUUGCCCACUGGGGCUCACCUCUUCUGUUUGGAUCGGACUCCAGUGCCAGCAGAAGCUCACCGCACUAACACAGAAUUGUAUCCUAAAAUUUCUCAGAGAUGAAUGAAACACAUACAACAUAUAUGGAUAUCAAACAUCCUCCUAAGAAGCAGAUGCCAAAAAAAAGGCCUUCAGUGCCAUUCGUCUGGUGUCUCGCUGUAGUGAUUCUUGGAAUCCUCUGUUUCCUUCUCCUUGUAACAACUGCAGUCUUGGGAUCCAUUGUUUUCCAGGGUCAUACGACAAAUGAAACGCAGAAGCUUCCACUGGACAAUAGGACCCAGCAAGACGAGUCCACAUUUAAAAACACGACUAUCAUAGAGUUUCCACUUAACACAGGACACAGGAGGAACAUAUGUAAAACUCAAUGGUCAUGUUGUGGAGAUAAAUGUUACCAUUUUUCACGUGAUUUCAACACUUUUCAAGACAGUAAGAAUAUCUGCAAGAAUAUGGGCGCCACACUUGUUAAGAUAGAAGAUGAAGAAGAACUGAACUUCAUUCGAAGUCAGAUGCACUUGUACACUUGGAUUGGGCUCUCCCGUAAAGGAACCAGCAUGUCAUGGAAAUGGGAAGAUAACUCAUAUCCCUUUCUCCAAGUGAUAAGUCACUGGAAAGAGACAAAAGGUGGAAACUGUGCAAGUAUGACAAAAAUGAGGAUGAUUGCUUCUGACUGUUACAAACUCCUGCCCUUUACUUGUGAGAAGAGAAUUCCCUGUGUGGCUACCUCAUAAUAGGAACAAUAACAAAAGACAAGGACGAUAUUUUUUCUUGUAAAGAACCAGACUUCUUAAAGUCCUAGAGUCUUCCUCUCUCAUUUCAGAAUGCCUUUGCUUUUUUAUGGCCUGUACCAAUAUGCCAGCCUCUGGCAGAGAUGAUGCUGGAAUAUUGGGUGCACCAGCGUGAGCGACAUCAGACCCCUCACCUCUGCCCUUUCACGUGGAGACAGCCACGUUACGAGCACAGGUUGGUGGAGUAAGAGAGUAUCAGCUUUCCUGAUGAGGAUUAAGAAGGAAACUUCUCCAUACUGUUUCUACAACUCACACGGAUUUAGGAAGGAAUCCCGCAAACUUCGGUCACCAUCAUGCACGUUUUGUCUGGAAAUCAAUGCCACCAGUCAUUACAAAGAUUAUUCUCUAUGAAUGCGUAUGCAUUUCUAUUUGAUUCCUUCCUUUUCAAGAGGAAGACUGUGUUGUAUCCUAGAAAGCAAUAGGAUCUCGAAUCAGAUUUGAGUCUCAGUUAGCUAUGUGCCCUCUGGCAACUUGAAACUUCUGGGUCAUAAUUUCCUCAUCAGUGGGUAACUACAAACUGCAUUUGCAAAGUGGCUGUACCAUUUUGCAUUCCUAUCAGCAGGGUAUGAAAUUCCAUUUGUUUGAAUCCCUCCAACGUUUAAUGCUGCCAGUUUUUAAAACCAGUUUCGUAAGGGUACAGCAUAAUUAAGUGUGGUUUUAAUUUGUAUUUUUCUAAUGAAUAGCCAUAUUUUCAUGUGUUUUUUUGUUAAUCAUGUAUCUUUUGUGGUAAAGUAUUGAUUCAAAUU